GGGGGCAGGCCAGCUCGGCAGAGCCUGGGGCCAGAGGGCCAGACAGCCGCAGGGCUCUGGUGGCGUGGGCAAGGCUGGCCAAGGAUGGCGACGCCCAGGGGUCUGGGAUCCCUGCUCCUGCUUCUCCUGCUCCCGCUUCUCCUGCUCCCGACCUUAGGUCAGGAAAAGACCACUGAACAGCCAAGAAACCCCUGCCUGGGGAGCAACAACAUAGACAAGUACGACAUCCUCAACUUGAAUGACAAGGCUUCGUGCUUCACCAAGUGCAACCAGUCGGGCAGCAACUCCUGCAAUGUGGAAAACUUGCAGAGAUACUGGCUAAACUUCGAGGCCCAUCUGGUGAAGGAAGGUUUGACCGAGAAGGUGAACAUGACUUUUUUGAAGGCUUUGGUCCAGAACCUCAGCACCAACACCGCAGAAGACCUCUACUUCUCUCUGAAGCCCUCUCAGAUUCCAAGGCAGGUGAUGAAGGAUGAGAACAAGCCUCCUGACAGAGUGCGACUUCCCAAGAGCUUUUUUCGAUCCCUGCCAGGCAACAGGUCUGAGGUCCGCUUGGCCAUCACCAUUCUGGACAUCGGUUCAGGGACUCUCUUCAAGGGCCCCCAACUCGGCCUGGGAGAUGGCAGCGGCGUGUUGAAUAAUCACCUGGUGGGCUUGAGUGUGGGACAAAUGCGUGUCACCAAGCUGGCUGAGCCUCUGGAGAUUGUCUUCUCCCACCAGCGUCCACCCCCUAACAUGACCCUCACCUGUGUAUUCUGGGAUGCGACUAAAGGGCCCACUGGAGACUGGGCUUCUGAGGGCUGCUCCACGAAGGUCGCGCCUGAGGGGACUGUGUGCUGCUGUGACCACCUGACGUUUUUCGCCCUGCUCCUGAGACCCACCUUGGACCAGUCCACGGUGCACAUCCUCACACGCAUCUCCCAGGCUGGCUGUGGGGUCUCCAUGAUCUUCCUGGCCUUCACCAUUAUUCUUUAUGCUGUCCUGAGGCUUUCCCGGCAGAGGUUCAAGUCAGAAGAUGCCCCAAAGAUCCAUGUGGCCCUGGGUGGCAGCCUGUUCCUCCUGAAUCUGGCCUUCUUGGUCAAUGUGGGGAGUGGCUCAAAGGGGUCUGAUGCUGCCUGCUGGGUCCGAGGGGCUGUCUUCCACUACUUCCUGCUCUGUGCCUUCACCUGGAUGGGCCUGGAAGCCUUCCACCUCUACCUGCUUGCCAUCAGGGUCUUCAACACCUACUUCGGGCACUACUUCCUGAAGCUGAGCCUGGUGGGCUGGGGCCUGCCUGCCCUGAUGGUCAUCAGCACUGGGAGUGCCAACAGCUAUGGCCUCUACACCAUCCGCGACAGGGAGAACCGCACCUCUCUGGAGCUAUGCUGGUUCCGUGAAGGGACAGCUAUGUACACCCUCUAUACCACCGUCCACGGCUAUUUCCUCAUCACCUUCCUCUUCGGCAUGGUGGUCCUGGCCCUGGUGGCCUGGAAGAUCUUCACCCUGUCUGGCGCGACAGCGGUCAAGGAGCGGGGACAGAACUGGAAGAAGGUGCUCACCAUCCUGGGCCUCUCGAGCCUGUUGGGUGUGACAUGGGGGUUGGCCAUCUUCACCCCAUUGGGCCUCUCCACCAUCUACAUCUUUGCACUUUUCAACUCCUUGCAAGGUGUCUUCAUCUGCUGCUGGUUCACCAUCCUCUACCUCCCAAGUCAGAGCACCACAGUCUCCUCCUCUACUGCACGACUGGACCAGGCCCACUCCGCAUCUCAAGAGUAGGAAGGCACGGCCCUGCAAUCUGGACUUAGCUCUGGCUCGCUGUGUGACCUUGGGCAGCUCUGUGCCUCCCUCUGGGCCAGUUUCCUUCUCUGUGCAAUAUGGCUGGGGAGGGAGAGGAUGGGACCAGGUUUGACCACGUGGCUUCAGAGAUCCCCUCCAGAUCCAACUGCAGGUUCAAGAGUACACAUAAGCAGGUUUGCAGGGCUCUAAAGUUCCUAUAGUCCUGAGAGCACCUGCCAGCAAAAAGUGACAGUCACCUCCAUGCCCUACCCUCAUUGCAAAGCCCUCACCCACAUUCUGUCUCAGCAAGGGAGGAGAGUCUGUUGCUGGCGUAGCCCUGGAAGGAGCCCCCAGCCUCUCCCCUCUUCCUUGUCACUGGCCUCCCACAGCUACCCCUAUGGCUGCCUGUAACCUUGAGGGGCAUUCAGGAGGCCAGCAUUCCCUCAGGCAUUGGGGGUUUGUUUUGGGGGGUGGGAGUUGAUCCUCCCACCCAGUCUGCCCCUGGUCUCUGCCCAUCCCAUCAGAGCCCACCCUCCUGGAAGAGACCCCAGUGUUCAGGGUGCUGGCAACCCUGCAGGUAUCCAGGGACACUGCAUUUCAAAGAACCACUGAAUGGGUGAGCUACCUUGGGCAAACCCCCCACUCCCGAUUCUGACUGCCACGUACGUGGGUGGCCCAACCUCUGACCUGCUGUCAUCAUAGAGGUAGAAAGCAAAUGAUCUGGGGCUCAGCACACCUGGGGGUGCUCCCACUCAUUCACUGUGUGGGGCCGAGGGAUGAGGGUGGGGUUGAGGGCUCCCUGAGCAGAGGCUGGGCAUUGCCACUAGAACCUGAGCUCCUAGAGAACAAGGACCUGGGUGGCCUCGCUCACUGUUCCAGCCCAGGCCGAGCACAGGGCCUGGCUCAUGGCAAGCCUUGAAUAAAUAUUUGUUGGCUGAA